UCGUAGUACAAUGUAAUUUAGAACCAUUUUAAAUCUUGCUUUUGUAUGUACGAUUGCGUUUUAAACAAUCGCCUUAAUUAAGCUCAACAAUUUCCUGGGUUGAAUUAAAAUUUGCAUAUCUGCUGCAAGUAACAAAUCACGUUUAAUGUUCUGCUUGUGAAAUAGUAAAUAAUUUUCAAUAAGGAGAUCGUAUUCUUGCUGAAACUUAGGAAACAUUCCCAUUUUGUUAAAUUUCUCGAAUGACAUAAAAUUUGUUAAAUUUAUCGAAUGACAUUUUUCUAUUAUCUCCCAUUUGCUACUUUAUAAAAUGAUCACAUUAUAUAAUUCUAUAGAAUGCCAUAACCAUAUGCCAUGUGCGUAAAAGUUUGCGUCAAACUAAUGUGAACACUUACUAUUUUUUACCUAAUAACUUAUGAAAUGUUUGUAAUAAGCACAUGCUCCCAAAGUAUGAAGGCUGAUGCAGCUUGUUCUUGUUAUACAAACGGACAUUUGAAACUAUAGAUGAACCCUUCAACUUUGAUAUGAAACGAUUUCCGAUAUUUACCAUUUACAACAUGGAUAUGAGAUAUCUACAAAUCGAAAAGCUUGCAAACAUAUAAAAAUGGAUUAAAAUAAAGCUACAAAAAAUCUCAAUAUAGUAGCAGUAAAACUGGACUACAGAAGAAUAAUGCACUUAAAAGCCAUAUUUCUUGCUCCUCUUUAUAUCUCCUAUCUCAAGGAGUAUUUAUGGGAUGUAUUGCCGUUUCCAAUAGGCAAGGGUACCCAGGCUUGGUUCUAUGUUCUUAUUUUAAUUCUGCGUGCAAAACAGCCAGUGAUAACAUCAGAAUAAGAAAGGAAAACUGAUCUACGAUUUAACAUCGUGAUUAGUAUACUGUCAAGCAUAUUUAUUUGAAUCAAAGUGCAAACAAAAUAAAAAUCAAACGCGAGGGGUUGGGGCGAGCCUUUUAAUAAUAAAUUUGAAAUAUGACACAUACUUAGCCAAUUUAAAAUAAAAAUGUAAUGUAACGUCAUCUAGGGAUAUAGAGUAUUUAUAUUCUCGCAAAAACAAUUAACACAUGGUAAUGCUUUUCAAAUAAUCGAACAUAGUCGGCAAUAGAAAUGAAUGUAGAGCUCUGGAACUUAGCUUGUUUGUAAAGUAAUGUAUGAAACACACGAUGAAUUAUGGCUUUCGUAUAAUCGCUAGAAAUAUUUUUUUGUUGCAGCAUUCAUUUGAACUAAAAAAAUAGCACUUUUUUUAUUUCAUGAUUUUUUAAUACAAUGCGAGAUCUUAAGAGCCCAAUAUCCGCUCUACGAUACGCAAAAUGGCUGUUACUGAAUGUUGGAACGAUGCACUGUUAUAGAAAGAAAGUAUGCUUUACAAUAUUACGUGAUUAUGAAUCGUGGGAUGAAAACGAACAUCGAGGAAACAAUGCAGAUGUGUAAAGUGGACAGUGUUACAAAAUGUUCUUCAAUAGCUGGGAAGAGCAUUUAGGCAUAAUUCGGUAGAUGAUCACAAAUGAAACGGUACAAAUACAAGUCGGUUCAACUAUUUCCAAAAUCAUAAAAAAUGAUUUAGAGAUGUGCAAAUGUGCGAUAGAAUGCAGAAUGAGUCACUGUAGAUAGGCUUUUUAACUUUCGUCAUUAGAACGCUUUCAAUAUGCAUGAUAAAGUCUCUAUAAAAAAGUAACGAACUAAACUUAUACGCCAGGUAUUGAAUGCUUCUUUAACAAAUGUAUUAUUAAUAGUCUGAAGCUGUCCUAAGCAUUUGAAGUAGCUCGAGAUGAAAAGCAAGUACAUGAAAUUAUGGAUGUUCUAGUAUGCGCAAUACAUCACUGCCCACAAACAUUCGAUAUCUGUACUGAAUCUUAUGGAGUUUCACAAUAUCACUCAACAAUCCAACAUCUGUACACAGUUGAUUUUGGGAGUUAGUUUUUGCUAUUCAUGAAAACAAUCAGCUAAAACAAUACCUCAAUUUAAAAUUAUUUGACCAAAUUAAUUUCAAAAUUUUGCAAUCAUCAAAAAUGUUUGUGACUGUGCUUAUUACUUAUGAUGCACAAAUAUUACAUUUGAAUAUAAAUUCUUCAUAUAAUCAUUGAUUGAUUCAAGAAUAUACUUGAGGAUACAAGUAUAUAAUGGAAAGCAAAAGGUAAUACAGUAAACUAAGUUUACGUCCAAUACGCCGACCAAUGUCAACGCACAGAAAGCAAUUUAUGGGUCAUCAACCAAAAAAUAUACCAAAGAUUAAAAAAACACACUUAAACCAAACUGUAAUAGAGUUGCUAAGAAAUAGGAAAAUAUUUUUAUAUGCUACUACGCUAGUAGUGGUCAUACAGUUACAUUAUGAUUUUGUCUGACAGAAGAAAUAGCACCGAGUAUUGAAGUAACGGCCGCGAUAAUAGAAGGCAAGGCUAGAUAAACUACACGAAUGAUUCAAAAUAAUUAUAACAGCAUAGAGUAGCUGGUUUAUUAGUACUUAAUUUGUUAUUCGCGUUGUCUUUUGUUGUGUUUCUUGGCGAAUUGAUAAAUUUCCAACUAAAAAAUUUGUUGUAAUCCGACUUUAAACGGUUGAGCAGAUGACUAAAAUCAUCUUUUUGAUGCAAGAAAUGUUCGCUUGAAGCGGUGGAAAUUCUCUAGAAGGAAUAAUAUUGACGUUCCAAACGAUUUUUUUGGAUACGAGAAAAUCUAAGGAUAAUGAUGAAAUUUAAAAAUUGUAUUAUUCAUAAUUGUUACCUGUUCAGAGAAUCUAAUGAGUUCACGAAUGUUUCAGAUUUGCUGAUAAUUUUGUUGUAAUUAGUAUAAUAACACAUAAUAAUUUGUUCUCAGUAUAAUUUGUUCGAGAGUGAUCAACAAAUAAUUGCACAAUGAACACCACAUUUUCGAAUGGAUGAUGUGCGUUUUUUAUAAAUACAACGAGUAGAAUGUGAAAAAUAUUCACACAGCAAAAUAUAGUAACUCUAAAGAGCAAAAUUCAGAUGCAUAACAGUCUAAGUGUAGUUGACUGCUUUGAUAUGGAGAAACCCUAUCAAAAGUCCAAAAAUAAACAACAACUUCAGUGCCUUUGUCAGAAUAAUUAUGCUAGUAUCAUAGCACAGGUAGCCAUACGUUGAAUACCUGUUCAAACUCGUCGGGAAUAUGAGCAGGAAACUGAUGGUAGAAAACAUCUUGUUUCUACUUCAGACAAAAGCAGAAACAAUACUUUUUGUUGAUACAAUUUACAACAUUAAUAAAACAACAUGCAAACAUAGUUUUAUGUUGGAUCACAUGUUCAAUGUGGUAGUUUUGCCAAAGUAAAAUCAAUCCUUAUAUUUCAUUUGUGCUGAUUAUUGCACACCUCCAAUGAAAUAACACUAAAUCAACAAAGCGAUAGCUAUAUUUUGCGUUUACAAAAUAAUUUAUACCAGGUGUAUGCAUAUGAAACCGUCGUUUUCAUUCGAAAGCUAUAUCUACGCCAAAUGGAGCUGUAAAGUCAGUCUAAGUGUUUUAUUUUGUUUAUUGGCAUCCGUUAAACGGCAUUCAUUUUUCCUAAUUUAACACUAUAAAGCCAGGAAUAGACGAUGCGUAAAAUCUAGUGUAAACUCAGAAUGUAAUGCGAAAAAGUUUACGCUUCGUGUGGCAGGCAUAAUCGCAUAAAAGUUUAUGCCGAAAAGUCAACUGCAAUUACAUUCUUGCACCUGCAAUUACAUUAUGCAAUUACAUUCAAUUACAUGUGUUUUUAGUCACAAAAGCGGCCUAAUCGCAUCAAAUUUUUAUUAAAGGUUACGAUGGGCAUGCUAUCACUGAAACACAGAGCAAAGUGUGGUUUAAAAAAUUAAAAGUAGUGAUAUUGACGUGAGAACCAAAAACCGGCGAAAUUGAUAGAAAUCAUCGAAUUGCAGGCUUUAUUGGCCAAAUCUCUUAUUAACUAUCAUUAAAAGCAACAAUUAGCCAAUUUCGAUCAAGACUUGUGAAAAAAAUCAAUCAAAAUAUCAAAAACAACAAAAUUGACCUAUUUUGCUCGAUGAAAAUACACCGCAACCACGCGGAAUAUCGGCCAUGGACACGGUAAAAGCCACUUGCAACUUACUCACCUGACUUGACUCUGUCAAAUGAACAUUCAUUUGCAUCGCUGGGACAGGUAAUGUUCGGACAGCGGUUUCUUUUUUACGAAAAUUUGAAAAACAAUGGAUGGGUUUUGAAAAAAUGGUACAGAUUGGCGAUUUUUUUGGUUAGGCAUCCAAAAAUUGCCCAAGAUAAGAUAGUUGAAAUGUGUAGCUAGCGAUUGCCAUUACUUUGAAGAAUAUAUGAUUAUCCGUUUCCCCACAAUAAACGUUUUUUUUAAUAAAAAAAACGGUUUCAUAUACAUACACCUGGUAAAUUCUAAGUUUUUUUUUCAUUCAGAACAGGUGGAUAUCUGAUUUUCAACACUUCUUUCAAAGCUACUAAGCAACUACCGAAACAUUGGUGGAAUUCUUAUUAGUGUAAAGCCUGUGUUUUAAGGUAAAGAUAAAAAAAGCAAUGCAUGCAAAGAAAAUAGAUGCAGCAACCCCAUUUCAACCGAACAUUUCUUGAAAAUGUAAUCGAUCGUAAUAGUAAUUCAUAGUGUGAUGAGAUUACUAGUAUAUAACUUAGGAGUAUGAAUUAAUCCUGGCCGAUUUGCAAUAGAUGGCACUACUGAGUAAAUCUAACGACAUUUGUUUAUGAAAUAUGUGUUUGAUAGCUACUUUCUGUCAUACAUAAAACAAUAUAGGUUGUUAGAUUGUUUUGUGUAUGUUGUAAAAAGCAUCAUUUUCAUGUAUCGCAAACAACAAGGUAUUUUUUCCUGUUAAAUGGCUUUCGCGGGUAAGAAUUUUUUGAUAAGAUAUGAAUGUAUGAAGAACAGCGCUAUCCAAUUCGGUAUCGGUGUUACCCUUUCGCCUCCACCCCUCAUCGUAUAUUAACAGAAGCUUUAGACGGACAUGCUCUUACUAGGUGCUCGGAUGAAAAUAUAUGAUUUUAGUUUACAAAAACGCGAGAGCCAAAAAAGAUUCCAGGUGUAAAAUUGUCAGCACUCAAUGAUCUAGAUCAAUAAUCUUCAUGAUUAAUCAGGAUGCAUGUCAAACUCAAAAAUAGUUUGCAUAAUUGUCAGCAGUUGACCAUACGACAAUUCCAAAACGCUUGAAUGUCACCGAACUGAUUAGAAAAAUGUCUUAUGGGGUUUCACAGAAGACGGAAAGUAGGUUAAUUGCGCGAAUGUUAAUAACAGAAUGACGUUGUUCAAGUCCAAUGGAACGAGUCUCCCUUAACUAAAAAGUGAUUUACAUUGUUCACAGAUUAAGCUAUGCAUGUGACAGUAUAUGGAAGGUGUGAUGCACUAUGAGCUUAUAGAAUCUGAUUAAGUUAUUGACGGACAGCACUACCGACAAUAAUUGCCGAUUUUUUAAUAAACCGAUUUUUCAUAAAGAUAACGCUCGACAGCAGCAAAAUGUCGAAGACGAAAUGUCUGCCCCACUCGCUUGUUCACUAACCAUUUCUCCUUUUGAAUACUUCUUUACUAUAAACACACUAUCGUUUUUGGUAUGCGAAACGAUUUGUUUGCACAAUACUACAAAAGCUUCGAAUAAUUGGAUUAUCUCUAAAACAACGGACAACGGUCGAUAGUAGCUGAUGGCGCACCAUACUUUCAUCAGAAUAGUCUUAUAUAUAAUUGUCGUAGUUUGGCCACAACCCAAUGAAAUCGGAAAGAAUUAAUCCAUAUCCAGGUUUAUAUACACUUAUACAUAGAGUUUGAAAAUGUAUAAUUACCUUCGCGCAUACUGUUUUUUAAACACUUUUUCAUAAUGAUGCUUAAAGCUCAAAAGAACAGCAUAUUUCUAUUAAAAUACGAAAUGAAAUAACACAGCUACUUCCCCAGCUGACGUUAUACAGUAAAUUAUUUUGCAGCAUUACUACUAUAAUGGCCCGAUAAAUAGGAAAUAAUGAAAGAACAUACGUUUUGUAGAAAAAAUGAGAAUAAACCAUUUCUGCAUAAGUAAUCGAGUAUCCUAAAAGGGCUCGAUAAUGAACAUUUGAAUUAGUGUACAGUGUUCUUAGCAUGGAAAAUAACUUAUUUUUUCCUGUUUUGAUUCGAAAUAUAUUUUUCUAUGAACUUCUUACGUUAUGUUCAUGACCACGUUAUUGAAUUAGGAUUAUUUUUUAGAUUAUUCCGAUCAGUAAGCUGGAAAUAUUCGGAAUGAAAUGGAAUGCAAUUACAAAUGAGCCCACAUCGCAACUAAAUUUGCAAUUUAUGUUUUUUUCAUUCAAUGCAUUGUAAUAUAAGACCGAGUUUCGCUUGUACAUUUUUGAUGGAGCUAUUGUGGGACCAACUGUUUCUUCCCAACAGAACUGGCCAUAACGUAGUUUCCAAGCACCAGGAAGAAGGAUAGCAAAGCCUGACUGGCAAAAAGUUUCUCUUGAUGAUGAAUUUGAAGUACUUAUUAAGUUGUGGUAAGCCUUUCAUGAAAUGUAGGGAAAUUCAUGCGUUAUUUGUUAUUUUUUUUUAUAAAAAAGGCAUAAUAAUCAGAUAAAUAAGUUAAAUGAUUUUGUUACACAUGUAUAUUAGUUGUAGCUAAAACGGAAUGCAUAUAAUGUAAAAAUAGGUAUGUUUGCUAUUUAAUUAUCGUUUAAGCAAGAAUAAAUACAAAUCUUGAACAAUUUAGAAACGAACCAUGACUACUCAAUCGUAUAGUUCUCAGUCAAAAUGGAGCACCCUGGAUGGAAAAUGAGAUAACAUAUGAAAAAGCAAUGCCUUGCUUCAAGUGAAUCGUAUAUUUUAUGAAAAACACACAAAGCGUGCUUAAGAAAUGGUAGGGUAUUAAUUCUUACAGCGGAAGUACCAAAUGCAAUGAAGCACUUUAUCAUCCAUCUCUACAAUGCCCUUUUACAUUAGCUUUUCAAGUGUGUAUAUUUGAGCAAUCUAUAUAUACUACUUCAUUAUAAAUAUGUUGAUUAAAGGCAAGAGGUUUUAUGAGGUAGAAACAGAAAUGGUUUUGAGAAAAAUUACGAAGUUAUUCCAGUAACUGUCGCGUCCGCAUUGAGAUAGAAUAAAUGAGAUAGAAUAGAAUGAGAGAUUCGCAUUACACAUACGCAGAUACGAUUCUAGCUUCGUGCGCGACGGUCUUGUGA